AUGUCUUUUCGAGGUGGUCAUACUAGAGGAUUAAAUGAUGAGAAUUAUUUGGAAAGACACAAUGACAAUCUCAUUGACGGACUUUCGUCAAAAGUUGCUGCGUUGAAAAGAGUCACAAUCGCAAUUGGUGAUGACGUUCGUGAGCAAAAUCGAUUACUCAGUGAUAUGGACAACGAUUUUGAUUCGUCGAAAGGUCUUCUUCAAUCCACUAUGAGGCGAUUAGGGAUUGUUAGUAAAGCCGGAGGUAAAAACCUAAUGUGCUAUCUAAUCCUUUUCUCGCUGUUUGUCUUUUUCGUCAUAUAUUGUCUCGCCCGAUAA